CGCCUCGUGUGUGUGUGUCUCUGCGCCUUUCCCCAUUCCCCUCCGCUCGCUCGCUCCGGGUCUCCCUCCCUCCCUCUUCACACCCACCUCACCUCCUCUCCUCUCUCUCCCACCCUCUUCGCGUGCCCAAGAAAGGAACCUCCAGGCGGGGACGGCGUGAGCGCGGCAGCUGGGGCUGGAGCCGGAUCGACCUCGUUCGUCUCCAGAGGCGGCGGCACGGGCGCGGGAGCUCCGGAUCGGCGCUCAAGACCCCCAGAGUCCGCGCUGAUGUACACGUUGAUGAUUGCUUCUAUCUAGACAUACUCCGGAGCAGCAAUCCUUGCUCUGGUGCCGUGAUCUGUGACCUCUGCUCAAUAAGAGGAACAGUUUAGAAAGCUUCGAGCUUCCAGCCUGCAUCUACCUAGCGCAGAUGUCGUUCCGCAGCAUAGUUCGUGAUGUCAGGGACGGUUUCGGCAGCCUGUCAAGGCGGAGCUUCGAGGUGACCAUCUCCGGCCUGUCCGGCCUCACCGGGCACCACAGGGGCAAGUGCCAGAGCACGGUGCACGAGCUCCGCGACGCCGAUCUCAUAGUCCAGGAGAGCCGCUGGGCCAGCCUCCCUCCCGAGCUCCUCAGCGACGUGAUCCGGAGGCUGGAGGCAAGCGAGAGCACCUGGCCGUCGCGCAAGCAUGUGGUGUCCUGCGCCGCCGUUUGCAAGGCGUGGAGGGAGAUGUGCAGGGAGAUUGUGACGAGCCCGGAGUUUUGCGGAAAGCUCACCUUCCCCGUCUCUCUGAAGCAGCCUGGCCCUCGAGAUGGAAUGAUUCAAUGUUUUAUAAAGCGAGAUAAAUCAAAGUCUACUUAUCAUCUCUACUUGUGCCUGACUAAUGCGGUACUUGUGGAGAAUGGCAAGUUCCUCUUGUCUGCUAAAAGGAUCCGCAGGACAACCUGCACCGAAUAUGUUAUCUCAAUGGAUGCUGAAAACAUCUCAAGAUCAAGCAGCACCUACAUUGGAAAACUGAGGUCAAACUUCCUCGGCACAAAAUUCAUAGUAUAUGACACGCAGCCCCCCUACAAUGGGGCUUUAGUUCCUCCGGUUGGACGGAGUAGCCGGAGAUUCAACUCUAAGAAAGUGUCUCCCAAGGUGCCAUCCGGCAGCUACAACAUAGCUCAGGUGUCUUACGAGCUAAAUGUUCUUGGCACGAGGGGCCCUAGGCGGAUGAACUGCAUCAUGCACUCCAUACCGGCCUCAUCGGUCGAGCCCGGCGGCAUAGUCCCUGGGCAGCCUGACCAGAUCAUGCCCCGGGCUCUAGAGGACUCGUUUCGCAGCAUGAGCUCCUUCUCCAAGUCAUCCAUCAUGGACCGGUCCACGGAUUUCAGCAGCUCCCGUUACUUCAGCAGUUCCCGGUUUCUGUCCGACAUUGCCGGAGGCGCCGCCAUAAGCCGUGACGAAGACGGAGAGAACAAGGAGAGGCCGCUGGUGCUCCGCAACAAGGUUCCGAGGUGGCACGAGCAGCUGCAGUGCUGGUGCCUCAACUUCCGUGGCCGCGUGACCAUCGCCUCGGUGAAGAACUUCCAGCUGAUCGCGGCGCCGAGCCAGCCCCCGCCCCCCGCCGCGGGGGCGGGGGCGCCGGCCCCGGCCCCGUCGCAGCCCGCCCCGGCGCUGGAGCAGGACAAGAUCAUCCUGCAGUUCGGCAAGGUGUCCAAGGACAUGUUCACCAUGGACUACCGCUACCCGCUGUCGGCGUUCCAGGCCUUCGCAAUGUGCCUGAGCAGCUUCGACACGAAGCUGGCCUGUGAAUAAAACCGGCGACCGACGGAGGUCGACGACGACACAGGCGGCGGCGGUCGAGGGAAGGGAAGAAAGUAGUAGAACCCUCAUUCCCCCCAUAGGACUUCCAUUCUAGAUCACGGACACUCCCUUUCGUUUGCUUGUAAUUCUGCUUUGUUUGUAGCUUGCUGGAACUGGGACUCGGUAGCAUGCGUUGCUUCGCACCAUGAUUGCUUCCUUUGAAGCAAAGUUUCGUGGAUGCGGUUGGUCUCUUCCGGAUUUAACCUACGGUUCCCUCACCUUCA